CACAAUUCAGGUGCCAGGCACAAAUGGUCUUUAUUUGAGCUAGUCACACAUAUUUAAUUCCACCUUUCUGCGAUUUUUCGUUCACAUUCAUUAUUCAACAGUGCAGCCAUGUCUGUCCUGGACACAAUGUACUGUGCCCAACAAAUCAGCAUACCUCCUGAGCUGCCUGACAUCCUCAAAAACUUCACCAAGGCAGCCAUCCGAACACAGCCUGUGGAUUUGCUGCUUUGGUCUGCGGCAUACUUCAAUGCAUUGUCUAAAGGAGAGUGUUUGCCUGUCAAGGACAGGUUGGAGAUGAAUGUUGCCACCCAGAAGACAGGCACUGGGCUGACACCAGGUCUACUUAAGACUCUUCACAAACAGCUGUCCUCUUGGCAAACAUGCAGCAAGGAGGAACUACAGAAGAAAUGGAAAGGUCUUUGUCUACCAAUGGAUCAGCUGGAGACCCUGCUGUCACUGGGUAGUUUCAGCUCAGAAAUUGACUGGAUGGAGUUUUUUGCCUUGGGCUGCAGUGCUCUUGGAGCGACCCUCAUGAGUUCCUUGAAGUUUGCCUGUGAGAUCCUGACAGAGGAUGAAGAGGGUGGUGCUGCAAGGAUCCCAUUCAACGUCUUUGUCAAACUUUACACUUACCUCGCUCAUCUGGACGGGGACAUACCGCAGGACCACAUUGACAACUUCCUCCGCAGCUUGCAGCCACAAGUAGAGUUUCAGCAUGGAUUGAUUAAACCUCUGGACUUCAUCCAUUGGGACGAUGUGGACUCAACUCCUACUGAUUCAUCAAACUUUGCCAGAGCAACAUCAAGAGAUAAAUAAAUCUAAAGAGAAAAUGCCUGUUACUACACUGUAUCUGAUGUACUAAUGUGCUAGAGACAUGGAUUUAAUGCCAUUGACACCACCGAUACUUUCCUCAAGAGACAUUUUAAACCAAGAAUUCUUCUCACAUUCACCACCAUCUUAAAGAUGAGGUGCGAUAAGCAAGGAAAAACCACUAUAGCUGCCUGUGUUAGGCACUUGUCAAUCAAGCAAUCACCUCCGCAGCACUUUUCUCUUAAGCCUCAUUAUCUUCUUAAUGGAACAAUGAUCUCAUAAUCUCCCUGUGACACACAUGAGCAGAUGUAAAAUUAAUUACUCAGACUCCUUGUGAAAAAAAAUUUAAUUACUUUGUAUUUCAAGCGAAGUUGGCAGAGUUUUCCACUGAUUUCAACACAUUCUGGUGUUUCUUUGAGCCACUAUCCUGCAGCCAUUGGAAGAGCAGCAUUUUAAGACACCUCCUCAGUGGGUUCACCACUCAGCCUCACUUUUACAGUGAGGCUAUGUGUGUGCUUGUCCGAAAGAGGACAGACUUUAGUUCUUCUGCAAAAUGACUUGGACUUUUAUCAUGUAGUGUUACUGCUGUCACAUCUAAUUGUUUUGUCUCAUUCGUCGGAAAAGGACCUUGUUUUCUUAAACAAAUAGAUUGUUAAAUUCUAUGUAAUGUUUUUUGUGUCUCUAUUUAAUAUUAUUACUGAUUUUGUCUGUGUUUUAAUAGCAUUUGUGGAAUAUGGUAACAGUGAAUGAAGUUGAUUUGUCCGGGCAUUGAUUUUACA